AUGAAGGACAACCCAGACGAAGAGAAGAAUCCUUCUUCAGGAAUGCACUCUGCAUUUUCAGGUUUUGUGCUUGAUCCUGAAAAAUGUAGCAGGCUAAGUUUGGGAGAAAAGAGAGAACUAGUCCAUGAAAUUGCCAAAUGGUCAGAAGAAGCUCCAGAGAUGCUUAGUUCCUUUAGCCGUAAGGAACUUGUUGAAAUGAUCUGUGCUGAACUGGGCGAGGAAAGGAAGUACAGAGGAUAUGUGAAACCUAGACUGAUAGAACGCCUGUUAAAGUCAAUUUCUGAGAAAUCAAAGAUUAAUACUAACAGUAAUCCUGCAUUUUCUCCAGCCAAAGUAGAAAUUGGAAAGAAAAGGAAACAGAGCACAGAAGCUUCCUUUCAACCAAUCCCUGACCAAGGUCGUGUUUCCAUGGUGACUAGCAAAGAAGAACAGGCUAACUUCCAACUUUGUCAGAAUGCAGCAUGCAGAGCUCCCUUGAGUUCAGAUCAAUCUUUUUGCAAGAGAUGUUCUUGCUGUAUCUGCCAUCAUUUUGAUGAUAACAAGGAUCCUAGUCUAUGGUUGACCUGUGACUCUGAUACUGUUGAUGAGACUGGUCCUUGUGGAAUGUCAUGCCAUCUGGAAUGUGCCCUCAAACAUGAAAGAGCUGGGAUUAUGAAGAAUGGUUGCUGUCGCCAAUUGGAUGGUAGCUUCUAUUGCAUUGCCUGUGGAAAGGUCAAUGAUUUAAUGAGAACAUGGAGAAAACAAAUAGUGAUUGCCAAGGAAGCUAGAAGACUUGAUGUACUGUGUCUACGGAUUUCUCUAUCCCACAGAAUUCUUUUGCAUACGAAGAAAUACCAAAAGCUGCAGAACACUGUAGAAACUGCCAUAAAAUGCCUGAAUGAUGAAGUCGGGCCGCUAGAACAUGUAUGUGGAAAGAUGGCACGUGGAAUUGUUAACAGACUGUCUUGUGGUGCUGAGGUUCAGAAACUGUGCAUUUCUGCAGUUGAGUCUUUCGACUCGAUGGGAAAGAAAGAACUAGCAACUUGCUGCAUCCAGUUUGAAGAGUCAUCCCCUUCUUCCGUCAUUGUUGUGCUAGAAUAUGAGGAUCAUUUUCAUAACAAUUUCUUGGGCUGCCGGCUGUGGCAUCGUAAGGCUGAUGAGAAGGAUUAUCCAGACCAACCCUCUUUCAUUGUUGUAAGGCCAGAGAAGAAAUUUGCUAUUGCUGAUCUGCAACCUGCAACUGAGUAUCUCUGCAAGGUUUCUUUGUUUAGCAACACAGAGACUUUGGGUGUUUGGGAAGCUAAGUGGGUUACGCCUGCAUUGUAUGAUAGUUCUGUUGCAUUAGAGAAACAGACAGGGGAAGAGAAUACGGUAACAGGUCAGAUUCUUUCCCAUGCAGAAUCAACUAAUUCUAGUGACAUCAAAGGAGAUCAUCCUGUGAAUCCAUCAUCAAAUGGCAUCAACAAGAACCAGAACAAAGGGCUCUACCCUCCACCUCGUUCAAUGGAAACUGGUACCUUGAUCAAAGAAGCAGUUUCUCCAUUGACACCCAGCAAAUCCAACGGAAUACGUAAAGCUCCACGCUUUGAAUGUACAAAGCGAAUUGAGGAGAGCGAUUAUGAAUACUCAGUGGGGGCAAUCAAAUGGUUAGAGCAUGAGGGGCACAUAGAUGAAGAUUUCAGAGUAAAAUUUCUGACUUGGUUCAGCCUCAAAGCUACUACGCAAGAGCGAAAAGUGGUCAGAGUGUAUGUGGACACUUUCAUUGAUGAUCCAUCAAGCUUGGCUAGGCAGCUGAUCCAUACCUUUGUGGAAGAGAUUUGUUUUCAGCCAAAAGAAUACCAGUUUCUAAGCAUUGGCCUUUCACAAGGUUGUGCCAUAAAAUUUUGAAUAGGGAAUUCGCUUUGGUCCGGAAAAUUAGUGGAUAGGACAUGGUUUAGAAACGUAGGUUUUAUCAGACGGAAACUUGGUUCUCCUCUAACUGAUCAUAGAAAACAGUUAGCUCUUCGAUUUUCAUUUCUCCAUUGUUAAGGUUAGGAUUAGAGGUCAAAUUGCGUAUUAUCAUCAAA